AUGAUUUCCUCAUCUCAGCUUGCCAUCAUUAUUGUAAGUCCUAAAAAAGAGCCAGACUGGCCUAGUCUUAUCUUUAUCUUCUUACGGGCAAUCUACAGUCUCCAUACUCAUCCCUUAAGAAAAUAUCCCGGACCACUUCUCAACAAAUUGACCUACAUAGUGAAGGCAUAUUAUCUACUGCGCGGCGAUUACGUCUUUUAUCUUCAAACCCUUCACAGGAAGUAUGGUCAUACCGUCUGUGUAUCUCCAACCGAGCUAUGCUACAUUGAUUCACAGGCAUGGACUGAAAUAUACGGACAUCCCACUACAAGUAAAUCGGGAAAUUUACCUAAAGACUCAAGAAAGCUACGGUUCGAAGAGAAUGGUGCGGCUAACAUCUUGUCUGCUAACGACGCUGAUCACCGCCGAAUUCGUCGGAUCCAGACUCACAUGUUCUCUGAGAAAGCUCUUACUGCGCAAGAGCCGCUCAUAAUGAGCUAUGUCGACCUACUCAUCUCUCAUCUACAAGACAAAGCUAACCAUUCAUCCACUAGUGUAGUGAAUCUUGUAGAUUGGUUUAAUUACACUACUUUUGAUAUUCUUGGAAAACUCACAUUCGGGGAAUCUUUUGAUUGUCUUCAGUCCAAAGCCCUACACCCGUGGAUAAACAACAUAUUUCUUUUUAUCAAAGAUUCUCUGUACUGGGCUGCUUGUGACGAUUUCCCUUGGCCUCUGGAUAAGCUGUUAUACCGCUUAACGCCUAGCGAGACCAGGGAUGCGCCGUUUCAAGCAACUGACUUCGCGAACCAAAAGGCUCGUGCGCGAAUGGCACGUGACUCAUCUGAACUGGUUGAUUUCAUGUCCUACAUUAUGAAGCAUAACGAUGAAAAAGGCAUGACAAAGCCAGAAAUUGAGAAUAAUGCACAAUUUCUGAUUCUAGCCGGCAGUGAGACUAUAUCUUCAUUUCUUUCAGGACUCACCUUUCAUCUUCUGACCUAUCCACAACAUCUCGUUAAGCUCACUUCUCUCAUUCGAGAUACAUUUAAGACGUCAAGUGAAAUAACCGGCCCGGCUCUUGAUCAGCUCGAGUAUUUCAAUGUCAUCAUUGAAGAGAGCUUCCGCCUCUAUCCACCUGUCACUAUUAUAACGCCACGUUAUACUCCCACUGGUGAUAGAGUGAUUUGUGGUGAGGUUGUGCCAGAACAUAUUUCCAUCUCGGUGUCAAUAAUAGCAGCAAAUACUAGCCCAGAUCUUUGGACUGAUCCCGAUGAUUUUGUACCUGAAAGAUGGUACAAAGACGAUAGAUGCCCCGAAAAGUAUCGAAGCGAUGAGAGGAAAGUGAUGCAGCCCUUCAGCAUCGGUCCAAGAAAUUGCAUCGGGCAAAAUAUGGCAAAACACGAGAUUCGCCUCAUCCUGGCAGCCAUUCUGUGGAACUUCAAUCUUGAGCUUCAGCCAGAAUCUCUUGAUUGGAAAAAGAGCCAGAAAGUAUUUGGAUUAUGGGAAAGACCAGCACUGAAAGUUAGGUUGAUUCCAAGGGAUUAUAUUGGUUGA